UUCUUCUUUAUCAACAGAGCCUUCUCCUGGCAGCAGCUUAUGUCUAUGAUGCCCAGUAUAACAGAAAUAUCCCCUUUGAGACUUCAUCACAAGCAGUCAGGCUUUAUUAUCUUUAUAACCACUGGGCUAUGCAAGCGGCCACCUACUUCUUUAUUUUUGUUGACCUCUCUCUUGCCCUGUUUGAAGAACCGGCUGCAUACCCACUUCCUUUCUUGGCUACCUCAUUGGUUGAAGUCAUGUGUCUUUUGGUGUUUUUCGGACGACUCUUCCACUUUGCAAAAGUUACACCUCGUGAUGUGUUUUGGAAGGAUCUAAAGAAUAUCUGCAUCAUGAUAGCUAUCCUGAUGACCUUGGUUGACCUAAUUAUCUAUGGAUCUCUUAGGAUCUCGAACAUUCAGAGCGUCAGGUGGUCAAGAACCAUGAGGCCCAUCUUCUUAAUAAACUUUGCAGAAAGUCGACAGAUCCGAAGGGCAUUCCGUAGCAUCCGUAACACCCUGCCUGAGAUCACCUACGUCUUUCUUCUGUUCAUGUUCAGCGUUCUGAUGUUUUCUCUUAUGGCCUUGAAACUCUUUGGGGACAGGAAUCUGAAGACAGUGGAGGGCUUGCCAUAUUUUACAGAUUACCUGAACAUCGUUUUUGAUAUGUAUGUGCUGGUGACCACGGCAAAUAGUCCCGAUGUCAUGAUGCCAGCUUACAAUUUCAGUGGGUGGUACUGCUUGUUUUUCAUAACCUAUGUGAUUAUCAACACCUACAUCUUUAUGUCCGUCUUCUUGGCUGUGGUGUACAACAACUACAGGAAACACUUAAAAAAUGAGAUCCGUAAACUUGUUUACAUGAAGCGUCGCAAGAUGAUAGAAGCCUUCAACCUAUUGAAGAUCAAGGAGGGAACGGAGUUUGUUGUCAAAGAGGACAAGUGGAAGAGUUUGAUCAAACUGGUGGCUCCUGACAUCAGCACGUCUCAUCGAGAACUUCUGUUAAGGAUAUCUGACGAAGAACAAAAAGGCCACGUGGACAAAAAAUCUUUUGUCCGUCUGGCUGAUCUUCUGAAUAUACAGGUGAUUACGAUGAAGCUCCGUAGUCACCCCCUCGCAAUCUGGUUUCCGCAUGUGUACAACUCUGCUUCCAGCCUCUGCAUACGCAGUAUAGUUCAGCACAAGGGAUUCGUUUGGAUGUAUGAUGUAAUCAUACUUAUUAAUGCAGUCUUCAUAGCUCUGGAUGAGAAAAAUCCAUUUAUCUCAUAUGCAGAGUGGGUGUUCCUUUCUCUGUACAUAGUUGAGAUCCUCCUGAAGCUGUACACCUAUGAACCCAGAACCUUUUUUGCAAGGAACCAGUUCUGGAACUGGUUUGAUACUUUUAUCAUUAUUUCUGCCUUGAUAGCGACAGUGCUCAACACUACACUUAAAUCAGUGACUGUAUACAACAGCCAACAAGUACUGGACAUCGUGUUCAUUCUGCGAGUUCUUAGGCUCAUACGGAUUAUCGACAGUAUACAAAGGUUCCGUGUGAUCAUGAAUACGCUCAUAAACAUUGUACCUACAAUGCUGACCUUUGGUGGGUUGGCUCUGGUGGUAUAUUAUAUCUUUGCCAUUGUUGGGAUGGAAAUUUUCCAUGGGAAGGUCCAGUUCUUUGCUGGAAACACCACCGCGCAGCAUGCCUCAUACUGCGGAAACCCCUCUCUAAAGGACUCUGCAUUUGCUCAUUCCAAAUAUUGCAAGAACAACUUCAAUGACAUUGUGUCCUCUUUCAUUGUCCUAAUGGAACUCACGGUUGUCAACCAGUGGCAUGUCCUUGCCAGUGGAUUUGCCCUUGUGACUCAUCAGGCUGCGAAACUGUACUUCAUCAUCUUUCAUAUCGUCGUGGUUAUUAUGAUUAUUAACAUCUUUGUAGCAUUUAUUCUGGAAGCUUUUUUUGUGGAAUAUUCCCUUGAAAAGAGCGAAGUAGAAACUGCCAUCGAAAAGAAAAUCCAAGAACUCGGUGUAGGAAUCCAGGAGGAAGAACUACUGGAUGGCAAACUAGUAGACAACAUGGAAACCAGUGAAAAUGACCUUGGAGGUGAAGAGGGGACAAUAACAAAGAAGAAACCUAAAGGGCUGAUGUUCAAAAUUGCUUCAAAAAGAUACAGGACAGUGGAUGCUUUACUCCAGCGCAUGUUUGAAGCAGAGAUAUCUCCAGAAGAAGAAGGUCCUUCACUGGAUGAGAUCUUAAACCUUUCUGCAGAUGAUAUUUACCUGAAGAACCCUACCUUUGACAAUGCUGCAUAACCUUCAGAAUGAAGGGAAAUUACUGGAAGUGGCUGGAGCAGUUUUCUAGACCUCUCUGCACCUCACGGUACAAUGUUCAAACUUACUGCAAGGCCCAUCUA